GAAACAGGAAGCUUAUCGUUUUUGGUAGCAUUCGCUUUACUCCCAUCCAUAUGAUUACUUGUUAGCUAUUAAGAAAUCUGACGCGUGCACUAAAUAUAUCCUCGUUACAUAUCGAGGGUGAAUUGUACUAUUCAGUUACUAAAAUAAGUACCUGAGACUUUAGUUGAAAUGGAAGGACAACGCUGGUUACCCCUGGAGGCUAAUCCAGACGUAAUGAACCAAUUUUUACGACAGUUGGGCUUAGUUCCUAGCUGGCAGUUUGGAGAUGUAUAUGGUUUGGACCCAGAGCUUCUUACGUUGGUGCCAAGGCCUGUGUGUGCUGUCCUGCUCCUCUUCCCUGUCACCGAAAAGUAUGAGUCAUUUAGACUGGAGGAGGAAGCAAAGAUUAAGGCACAGGGACAGGAAGUGCCAUCAGAGGUGUACUUCAUGAAACAAACUAUAGGAAAUGCAUGUGGCACAAUAGGGCUGAUUCAUGCAGUAGCAAAUAAUCAAACACAUCUUGAGUUUGAGGCUGACUCACCACUGAAGGUGUUUAUUAUGCAGUCCUCUAAGAUGAGCCCGGAGGAGAAAGCAGCCUUCUUAGAAAAAGAUGAGAGUAUCCGUGUAACACAUGAGUCAAGUGCUCAGGACGGACAGACAGAGGCUCCAAGUGUCGAUGAAAAGGUGGAUUUACAUUUUAUUGCCUUUGUGAAUGUUGGAGGACAUCUAUAUGAGUUGGAUGGCCGGAAACCUUUUCCAAUAGUCCAUGGGAAAACCACCGAGGACAGCUUCCUUGAAGAUGCUGCAGAGGUCUGUAAGAAAUUCAUGGCACGUGAUCCCCAAGAGCUCCGUUUCACUGUUGUGGCUCUCUCCAAAGCAUAAAACACUCACCUCCUUUCUGUUUACUCAAGAAAAAAACUGCCAGCUAUUCGCAAGUGCUUAAUGUUAGAAUGUUUGCAUUCUUACAUGGCAGAUUACAUCUUUAAUAAAAUGGCCAUUUGCUAAUAUUUUGCUGCAAAUUUCUUUGACCUGAUGUCUCAUUAAGAAUGAAACACAAAUAGAAAUUGAAUGUGUCCAUGCACGCAUUUAUAGACUAUUUUUUUUUUUUUUUUUUUUUAAAAGUUUAAUUACUACCUGAAUUGUAACUAUGCCUUUUCUGCUCUGUGCAACAUAUUGACACCUUAAUUUAAAUUAAACCCGAAUGAAUUAGUGAUUUCUAUAUACACCUCAAAAGAACAAAUUAUAUGUGUAAAAUGUGCUCCAGAUAGAUUCUCUUUUUUUCUGAUGCCCAAAAUUACAUUAAAGGUUAAGCUCCUUUGUAAA